AUGUCGCUCUACGGGUCCUCGCGCAAUGUGGACAUGGGAAAGCAGGAACAGGACCUUGCCAUCAAUAUCCGCAAGGCAACAAGCAUUGAAGAGACGGCUCCCAAGCGCAAACAUGUCCGCAGCUGCAUUGUCUACACAUGGGACCACAAGAGCUCUGCCUCCUUCUGGCAGGGGAUGAAAGUGCAGCCCAUUAUGGCCGACGAAGUCCAGACAUUCAAGGCGCUCAUCACCGUUCACAAGGUCCUCCAAGAAGGACACCCCGUAGUCCUUAGGGAAGCACAGGCCAACAUACAAUGGCUCGACAGCCUGCAGCGAGGCACUGGCGGCGGCGACGGUCUAAAAGGCUACGGACGCCUCAUCACCGAAUACGUUUAUUACCUUCAGGCCAAACUCGCCUUCCACCGCCAGCACCCAGAGUUCAACGGCACGUUUGAAUACGAAGAGUACAUCAGUCUCAAGUCGAUCAAUGACCCGAACGAGGGCUACGAGACGAUCUCGGACCUGAUGACAUUGCAAGACCAAAUAGACCAGUUCCAGAAAUUGAUCUUCUCCCAUUUCCGAAGUGCCAACAACAACGAAUGCCGCAUCUCAGCGCUUGUGCCGCUUGUUCAAGAGAGUUAUGGCAUUUACAAGUUCAUCACGAGCAUGCUUCGGGCGAUGCACACCACCCUCGGCGACGAUGAAGCACUGUCUCCUCUACGCGGCAGAUAUGACGCACAACAUUAUCGUCUUGUCAAGUUCUACUAUGAGUGCUCGAACCUUAGGUAUCUCACAAGCUUGAUCACCGUACCGAAGCUGCCGCAAGACCCACCGAACCUCCUCUCGGAGGACGAGUCGGCGCCUGCACUACCCGCGCGGCCUAAGGCUGCGGAGGAAGCAGCACCGCCACCACGUGCACAAUCUGUGGAUCCCGAGCCUAUUAACGAAUUCUGGAAAAAUGAUCAAAAGAGACAGCAGGAGGAAUACGAAGCCGAGCAGCGAAGGCUGCAAGAGCAAUGGGAAGCAGCUCAGCGACAGCAGCAAGAGGCACAAAUGCGCGCACAGCAGGACUUUGAGGAACAACAGCGGAUGCAGGCAGAACAGGCUCGCUUAGCCCAAGAGCAACUGCUGCGCGAGCAAUACCAGCAACAGACUCAAGGGCGUCUCGCCGAUUUAGAGCGGGAGAACUUGAAUGCGCGCGCGCAGUACGAGCGUGAUCAGCUUAUGCUCCAACAAUACGACCAAAGGAUGAAGGCCUUGGAGGGCGAGAUUCAGCAAAUGAACAUAAACUUCCAGCAACAGAUGGGUUCACGGGACGACCAGAUCAAGGCGCUGCAAGAGCAGCUCAACACGUGGAGGUCAAAGUACGAAUCGCUGGCUAAAUUGUAUUCGCAGCUGCGUCAUGAACACCUCCAGCUUCUACAAAAGUUCAAGUCCGUUCAACUGAAGGCCAAUUCUGCACAAGAAGCUAUCGAUGCGCGAGACAAGCUUCAGCGCGAAUUAAAAACGAAAAAUCUUGAGCUCGCUGAUAUGAUUCGUGAGCGUGAUCGAGCGCUACUCGACAAGGAUCGUAGCUCUGGUGGUCACAAGGACGAACUGGAGAAAGUCAAGCGCGAGCUCCGCUUUGCCUUGGAAAGGGCAGAAAAUGCAGAGCGAGGCAAAGGCUCGGAGUUGUCGGCCAUGCUUUCGAGACAUAAUAGGGAGAUUGCGGAUCUCGAAGAGGCUUUGCGUAAUAAGACGCGCGCUUUGGACGAUGUACAGAUGAAAUACCGCGAAGGCGACUCAGACCUCGAACGCCAAUUGCGCGAAAAGGAAGAAGAGCUGGAGAUUUUCCGAGCAGGCAUGGAUCAAACUCUCCUGGAAUUGGAAGCGAUGAAGUUGAACCAGAACGCCGGCAACAGUGCAAUGGACGAUGGCCUCGAUGAGCUCAUUGCGCAGAGCUUGCAGAAGAUUAACGAUAUCAUUGACUCCGUGCUCCAGAGCGGAGUACAGCGGGUGGAUGACGCCUUGUAUGAACUCGACUCGUCCAUGCAUGCUGGAAAUCAAAACGCGUCUGGCGCUUUCGUUCUUUCACAGAUCGAAAAGGCGUCUACAUGUGCCAUGGAUUUUGCUACAGCUUUCAAUGGAUUCAUCGCGGACGGACCGAAUGCUACGCACAAAGACGUAAUCAAUACUGUCAAUGCAUUUGCCGGUGCAAUUGGGGAUGUCUUGAGUGAUACCAAGGGUCUCACCAGGUUUGCUUCAGACGACAACAAGGCGGAUGCUCUCCUCAAUGCCGCGCGGCAAUCUGCAACGGCCACCGUGAAAUUCUUCCGCAACGUACAAUCCGUACGUCUGUAUGAUCUGGAUGCAGACGGCAAAUUCAACGUUGUUGUGAAUAACAAUGCCGAGGUCCUUCGCAAUCUGCAAAGUUUGUCGAAGUUGGCAGAUGCAUUCGCACCGAAGAGCAAGAUCACCAACGCUUCCGGAGAUCUUGGGGAAUUAGUCGAGGACGAGCUUACAAAGGCCGCUAAUGCUAUUGACGCUGCCGUUGAGCGACUUUCCAAGCUGAAGAACAAGCCACGAGAUCAAUUCUCGACAUACGAGCUUAAGAUUCACGACUCUAUCCUUGACGCCGCAAUUGCUGUGACGAAUGCAAUUGCUCAGCUCAUCAAAGCGGCAACCGAGUCACAGAAGGAAAUUGUUCGUGAAGGUAGGGGCAGCAUGACCCGCACCCAGUUCUACAAGAAGCACAACCGCUGGACUGAGGGACUCAUCAGCGCCGCCAAGGCCGUUGCCUCCUCCACGAAUACCCUCAUUGAGACCGCUGAUGGCGUGAUCUCUGGUCGCAACUCGCCUGAACAACUCAUUGUUGCAUCCAACGACGUGGCCGCUUCGACCGCGCAGCUUGUAGCUGCUAGUCGUGUGAAGGCUAGCUUCAUGAGCAAGACACAGGACCGACUGGAGAAUGCAUCAAAGGCGGUCACAGGUGCCUGCCGUUCGUUGGUGAGGCAGGUACAGGACAUUAUUGCGCAGAGAAAUAAGGAUGAGGGCGAAUCAACGGAUUACAGCAAGCUCAGUGAUCAUGAGUUCAAGGUCCGACAGAUGGAACAGCAAGUCGAAAUAUUACAGCUCGAAAACUCCCUUGCUCAGGCCAGGUCGAGGCUGGGUGAGAUGCGGAAGUUGUCAUACCUGGAAGAGUAG